AUGCCGUCUGUUUCGGUUCUGUCCGAAUAUACAUUCGCCAACUGGGGACCACUCACCACGACCUGGACCCCACCCGCUUCUUGUCAGUCGUUCCACACGGACUACCUCGGAAUCGCCCACACCAGCGCUCCAGAACUUAAUCUCGGCCAAGUCUCCUGUGGCGUGCCCACCAAUCCUUGGGGCUGCUUGCCAACAGGUACUAUCACGGAUCUCCCAACCGCAACCUCGUGGUUUAAAGACAUUCGCAAAUACGCCUUAUACGAGAACUACUACUCUCCAGGUCUCGACUGUCCCUCCGGAUGGGGUCCAGUUGCAACGGCGUCGCGCAAUGGGACUAAGACAGUCGAGUGGAAUGGGGCUAUUGGAGCAACUACCACCUCGGAUAGGGCCUCAGACGUCUUCCUGUUUCCGAACGUGCCUAACAAUGUGUUCCUCCAAGUCCUCGCCCCAAGCGAGACUGCUGUACUGUGCUGCCCAACGUCCAUGACCCCUGGUUUUAACGGAGAUGAUUGCUACUCAAUUGUGCCGGACUACACGCCUUCGACUAUGUGCCAAACCCAGCUGCCACAGGUUGACGUGGGCACGGUUGAAUCCAAAUCGAUCUGGUGGUACGGCACCACCGUCGAAGCAAAUAUCAUGUCAAUCACUGGAGAUGCCACCGCUUCGCGGGUUAUGACCACUACCCUUGAAUCAAGCGAUUUAUCCUCCCUUGUUGCCGUCACAGUAGUUGCCCCUCUGACGCUCGUGCAUCAGCCGACGGAUUUGAGCGCGGCAGCCACGUCUAACCCGGCAGCAAGACUUAAGCCAAGCCCCUCGAAUUGGAAUGGAAUUGGCGCUGUGCUUGGGAUCACCGCCGCAGGAAUGAUGAUGGGAGCAGCUAUUGUUUUUCCGUGGUAG